GAUCAACGGAGAGGUAAAGACAAACAAAGAUUUAUUCCUAGUAGGAGAUGUAUCGGUGCUACAUUUUGCAGUGGGAAAACAGGUAGUACUUGGAAUGGACAGAAGCUCUGGAAGAUAAGCUAAUGUGCUGCUCCACUGACUUGCUGUGUACAGAAAAUGUCCAGACUGAUGUUAGGGAAGACUUUGGAAAGAAUAUGCAAAGCGGUACUCUUGUUGUGUCUUGUGCACUUUCUUAUAAUGACCAUCUUCUACUUGGACAUCUACACCCAAAGGUUUGACAUAUUCAGCCGCUUUAAUACUAGGAAUUUCUCCAAGGUGCAUCAAUACUUUAACAUCUCAAAGCCCAAUGGGACCUCACUGACAUUCCUGGGGAACGAAGAUCACUUUGUGUCGAGCAGGAAGUUGGACCAUAACCUUACAGUCACGAAGAAGCCUUUACCGAUGUGCCCUGAUGUUCCACCGGGGUUAGUUGGAAGAUUGCUGAUAGAAUUCAACUCACUGAUGACAAUGGAGAAAGUUCAGCGGGAGAAUCCAGAUGUACGAAUGGGUGGCAAAUACAAGCCUUCAGACUGCAUCGCUAAGCAAAGAGUUGCCAUCAUAAUUCCAUUCAGGCACAGGGAACAUCAUUUGAAGUUCUGGCUGCAUUACUUACACCCCAUUCUACGCAGGCAGAAGAUCAACUAUGGAAUUUAUAUUAUAAACCAGCACGGUGAAGGCAUGUUUAACCGAGCAAAGUUGCUGAAUAUUGGCUACAUAGAAGUGCUGAAGGAUGAAGAAUAUGACUGUUUUGUAUUCAGUGAUGUGGACUUGAUUCCCAUGGAUGACAGAAACCUGUACCACUGCUAUGACCAGCCACGACAUUUUGCCAUUGCAAUGGACAAAUUUGGAUUCAGGUUGCCGUACAGUGGCUACUUUGGUGGGGUGUCAGGACUGAGCAAGGAGCAAUUUUUAAAAAUUAAUGGCUUCCCUAAUGAAUACUGGGGCUGGGGUGGUGAAGAUGAUGAUAUUUACAACAGAAUAACACUGAAAGGUAUGAAAGUGUCCCGACCAGACUCCAAGAUUGGAAAAUACCGAAUGAUAAAGCAUGAACGAGAUAAGCACAACGAGCCCAACCCCCAGAGGUUUACAAAAAUCCAGAACACUAAAGUUACAAUGAAGCAAGAUGGGAUCAACUCCUUGAAAUACAAACUGGUGAAUGUAGCCAAAUACCCGAUGUACACAAACAUCACAGUGGACAUUGGCACACCACCACCUCGGCCUUCAAGAGGAUAGCAGGUCAUACUGUUCUUAAGGUGGUUCUCCUGGUCCAUUAGCCUCACAAUGGACAAUCUUCCAAUCUAUCUUUCUCCAUUUUUCUCGUUCUGUCUCUCCAAAGAAUUAUGGUGACUAAAUUACAAAAAUAAAACUAACAAAGCGUGUGAAGGCGAGCAGAAUGGAAAAGGUCCUCUUGCUGUAUGAAGUGGCUAAAAUACUGCCUUCUACAAUUAAGAGAUGUAAACAAGAUGAGACCUGGAUACACUAAUCUGGGAGCAUUUGUUGUUCUUAAGAUGUUUUUGUGUGAAAUCAAGUGGGAAAUGCAGCUCUAUACAAUCUCUUUAGUACUCUUUAACAAAAUUCUUGGUCUGUUUUAAGAUGGCUUCCUCUAACAAAAAUAAACUUAGUCUGUUUGGAUCUGGUUCUCUGAAGGAUCAUUGCAACUGAACUUAAUGCCAGAUUACUUUUGUUUUUGGUAAGACCUUAUCUACAAGAAGAUGUGCCUGCAAGGUCAUUAUGGGUCACAAUGGUUUUUAACUCUUUGACUGCUGAAUAUUCUUUGCAGCUUUAAGAAUUACUGUAUGCUCAUGUUUUCUACCAUAUAACAUAAGAAGUUUCUUGUAAAUUUCUAAUAUUGAAUGUUACAAAGUUAUUAAAAAAUAAAGCAAUUAAAGGAAAACAAA